CACAGUCCAUUAAGGUAAGGGUUUGCAUUUUUCACACUGUAACCUCUUGGCAGUUGUGUUACAUCAAUUGCAUCCUUUUAACAGUGCAUUUUCCAAUUGUUGCUGUCCUAAACUUGGUGGAAUGUGGCCUGUAGUAUCAGAUAUUGAACUGUGGGGUUGCAUUGUCCUUUAUGCUUUGCCACCUGGGCUAGGUUGUAUGUGUUGAGUAAUCCAAUGCCCAUCCCAGAUUUGUGACCAGGAGCUCCCAUGUCCCUUGUCUCUGGAGAGAGCCAAUGGCAUCCUUUUGUUUUUGCAGGCUUUUAUCAGUAGACCACAGGCAGAUCUUCCACCCUCAGGUCACUAACUACAAAAGGUUUGGUGAGACUUUCCUCCUUGCCCUGGCUCUUUUGUUCAUCUAGGUACUCAGUUUCUGUGACCCUCUCUGGAACUUCUCUGGGCCCAUCCUCAGCAGCAGGCCUGUCCCAAUGUAAUUCACUCAUUGCUGUUCCUGGAAAGAUGAGGGAAGGUAACAAUGCUUUGUUCUAGCAUGGAAAAAUGACCAGCAACUCCCUUAUCCUUCUGAGACAAACUGCUGGCUCGAUGACCUGUGAUGGUUAUUUCUGCAUGUGCACUCCAUCUUUUCCCAAGGCUUCUCUGUAGGUAAGAGCUUCUGACCCUAGUCACUUCACUUCUCAGACUGCUGAGUCUUUACAGCUGAAGGUCCCUCUCCUCUGAGAUGGACAGUAUCACCUAGCAGUAUGCUUGCCCAGACGACAUGAACCAGAUCAAAAGUAACCGAGAACUGUUCCUACAAUACUCAGCCACAGCCCCCAAACUGCUGGCCCACGUCUCCAAACUCCUCAUUGUCUGCCGAAACGCAGGCAUUUCCAUCCCAAAAGGCAUCAGGAAUAUCUUUGAGUUCACCUGGGAAGAGCUCAUCAGCGACCCUGCUGUGCCCACCCCAUCUGACAUCCAGGAUCUGGUAAUCACCUUUGGGGCUCCUACAGUGGUGCUUGCAGAGGUGAUCCCAGUGCAGACCCCCGUGCAGAAGAAGCCAGCUCCACCACCACCACCCCCAAUACUGCUCACAGCCACCAGCGGGGGCAAGCACUCAUCCCCCACCCCUGCCUCUGCUCGACUGGUUCCCCCUGGCCAAGAUACCCUGCACAAGUUCCAGCGGCAGUCCAUCCACCUGUUGACAGAGCUGCUUUCCCUGAAGAUGAAGGCCAUGGUGGAGUCUGCCUCUGCAGGUGCUAAUCCUCUGGACAUCACCAAGCGCUUUGUGGAGGCCAGCCAGCUCCUCCAUCUCAAUGCCAAGGAGAUGGCCUUUGACUGCCUGAUUGGCACUGUUGGAAAAAGCUGCUUACGUACAGCACAGCUGAGGAAAGAAUCUACCACGAACAUUUCUGCCAUUGGAGUGAGCACACCUUAUCAGCUGGUCUACCAGACUUCCACAGCCUGUCUGAGCUUCUCCCUCUCCACAGGAAAGGAAGUCAAGAAGAAAGACACUGGAGGCAAAAAGGCUAUAGAUGACAUCACAUCCCCACUCCCUCGAGUUCGAACCCCUCCUGAAAGCAUCAUCUUCGAGAUCCAGGACCCCUGCCCUGAGGCCCGGGAAAAGCUGCAGGAUAUGUGUCGCCACAUAGAAGCCGAAAGGAUCUUGUGGAGAGGGAGGAAUAUCUCCUGCCCCAUGAUUUUACGCAACUACAGGGCAAAGAUAUCCUCUCAUUUAAUGUUGGCCUCCAAGGGGGACAUUCACCAUCCUCCCACUGCGGGGACUCAGAUUACUACUUCCACUCCUCACCAGCCUUCCAGCCACCAUGCUCACGCGGGCCGCCAUUCUCAAGAGUGGAAGGGGCCCAAGAAGCCCAUCAAGCUGCAUUACACUUUCUAUGAUGGCUCUUCCUUCAUUUACUAUCCCUCUGGAAAUAUUGCCAUGCUUCAGAUUCCCACAUGCUGCAGAGGGAAACCCAUCACCUGCCUCUUUAACGACGUACCUAACACCUUCCUGGCUCUGUUCAAUUCUGAUGGCCAGGGCUGUGUUUACUACAACCUGAAGAACAGCUGUCCAUAUGUCGUGGUUUUGGAUGAGGAAGGUGGAAUCACAAAUGACCAAAAGGGCUACAUAGUCCAUAAGUGGAGCUGGGCUAAUAAGACUGAGACAUUGCUCUCUCUGGAAUACAAGGUGAAUGAACAAAUGAAGCUAACAGUCUUGGGGCAGGACUCCAUCACCGUCACCUUCACCUCCUUGAAUGAGUCGGUAACACUCAGUGUGUCACCCAAAAACUGUCCCCAUGGCGUGGUGCAUGACAAACGGUCAGUUCGCAGAAUCAGUACCAUGGAUGACAAGAUGUUAAAGAUAAACAGAGCCCUGGUUGAGAUCAAGAAGCGGUUUCAGAAGACUGUGACUCAGUUUAUGAACUCUGUGUUGCUGGCAGCAGGUCUGUUCACCAUAGAAUAUCCUGCCAUGAAAGAAGACACAGAAGCUAGUCGGAUCAAGGUGAAAUCCGGGUCUUAUCCUGAUCGGAGCCGUAAGUCAAGUUUUUACCAAGGAGAAACCCUUGUGCGAUCCCAUUCAGCCCGACCAGAUUCCUUAAUUGAAGACAAGGAGAAGGAGGAGUCUAUACACACGCUCUUGAUCCCUGUUCAAAAGAAGAGCAACAGAGUCCAGGCCAAAGUCACACCAAGAGGGAAGCCGAGAGAGGUCCGCAGCCCCACCAGGUGGGCAGCCUCACCCUAUGACUGCCCACUGGUGCUGCGGAGGCUCAUUCACAAGGAAGACAUCCGAGCCGGCUGCAAGUGUAUUGUGAAGGCACCCCUGGUGUCCGACUUGGAGCUAGAACGCUUCCUGUCUGCACCCCGAGACCCCAACCAAGUGCUGGUAUUCGGGAUAAUGUCGAGCCAGAAUCCCAACUGUACCGCACAGCUACAGUGGCUGCUGGACACACUAUAUAGCCAUCGGCAGCAGGGCCGUUCCUCACCGUGCAUCCAGUGCCAGCAUGACCCUUACCGCCUGCUGCGGUAUGACCUGGACAGCCCCCUGCAGAAGGAUCCACCCCUAAUGGUGAAGAAGUUUGCUGUGGUACAUGGGAUGGUUUUGAUGUUUGCUGGGGGGAAGCUCCUUUUUGGGGGCUGUGUCCUAAAUGGCUAUGGCUUCAGCAAGCAGAAUCUGCUGAAACAGAUCUUCCGGGCUCGACAGGAUUGCAAGAUGGGCUACUUCCUGCCAGACAACUACAAAUUCAAGCACAGUGCUUUUAGAUCAGCCAGAGUAGCCAAACUGAGUGGCCUAGGCAGCAUGCUCACAUCUCAGUUCUGGGGGCUGGAAUUUGGAUCCAGCAUGUCAACCUAUAUCGCAAACCUGGAUGAUUCUGAGUCAGCUAAAAGAGUGCCAUCUGAAGAUUUGGAAGGAAGUGCCUCUUCAUUGGCGCUUGGGGACAAAAUGGAUAAAAUGCCUUCUACCCCCCCUGAAAAGUCGAAACAGCCUGAAGUGGAACUGCAGCCUUUCUUGAAGACCAGGAGGAGCAGUAAGAAGGGCAGUAACUGGAAGAAGUCAGGUUCUAAGAAGUGAUGCUGGAAGAGCCUGUGAUGCCCUCCCCACACCCAGCCCCACCUCCUGGCCUCCCACCACCCUUCAAUAAAUGUACAUGCCUCCAGUGUCUGGGUGAGGCGGUAGUAGGUGGGACAGGCCCAGCUUUGAUUCCAAGAUGGCCAGAGGACCCCCACAGCUAGUUUCAGGCCAGGUUCUUGGAAACUUGCUACCCCCAACUCAGAGCUUCCUCUGUGGCCAGGAGUAAGCCUGAAUUGACCAUUCUGGUGAACACAUGUCUCACGGCCAAGGUCCUGCCUGCUCAACCAUUCAGCAACCCUAGGGAGCCUCGGAAGGAUCUAGACUGUGGCUCUCACCCUCUGUCAAGUGGGAAAGACUUCUAAGACUUCUGAUAGAAAGAAGACAAGAAGGGAGAAACAAAGGGAGAAGAGACAGAGAGUGGUGGAAAGAGAUGAGAGAGCAAGCAGGAAUGAGAAGGAUGGAGGGCAGGAAGGGGUGACUAAGGAAGUGAGAGAUAAAGACAGAGAGAAGGAGUUGGCUGAAGGCCAGAGUCCAGCACACACCUUGCAGGCUCUCAUCACCAUUUAGCUCAGCAAUGGAACACAGAGCUGGACUGCAUUCUCCUUUUUCUGGAGUAGGCCUGGAGUAUCCUUAUCAACAUCCAGAGGCCCCAGGCAACAGUCUUCUGGAGUGUUGCCUUGUCCCUUACCUCUGAGAGAGCUGGAUCUCCCACCACUGUGUGGCUGGUAAGAGGUGUGUCCCCAGAGCAAAGAUUGCGGAGGGUCUGUCUUGGUCUUUGCAUCUAGAAUAGAGUCCAGGCCCCAAACUCCAGGUAGCAUUUGGUGAUGUAGUUCACAGAUAACCAUUUGUGCUUCUUCAGUAACACAUGCUUUUUCUAUCUGAAUUUUUCAAGGCUUAGUUUUGUACUUUGUUCGUUUUGUUGUUUUGUUUUUCUUUCAUUUUGUUUUGUAGCUUGAAAGAUACUUUUUGAGUUAUAUGUUUCUUCCCCUAGAAGUAUAUUUGAAGUGGUCUGCCCUGUUCUUAGGCUGCAUAUGUUGAUAUUUUCAGGCCUAGAUGUUUGUUAGGGGGCUUAGAGAUCUAAGCAUCCCCCACCCUUCCCCUCCAAGGACAAAGACAGAAGCAAGAAGGCAAGGGGCCAAAGCUCUGUUCUGUCCCCAUAGAUAGGCACCCCAAUACCCGAUGAAGGUUGGAACCAAGGCCUCUGCUCAGGCUAGAGUCUGAAAUGAAGCCUCUGACCUGCACCACAAAUAUGCUAAGCAGUCAGUUCUGUGUGCACUAGAAGCAGAGGCAGGCCAGGUCCUGGCUCUUUGCAGGGUGCUCAUCACCCUGGAGGGCUGCCUGUGAACAGGAACACCUCCCACUGGCAGAGCAGGCAGUGUAUAUCCAGGGCAACACCGUCAGAUUGCUCCUGGAGGAAUGGAAAUGCCAGGAGAGAGAGGUAGGCUUCCCUCCAAGUUGGCUCUCACUAAGCAGGAAGCUAGGUGUCUGAGCUAUAAACUCUUGAUUAGCACAGGGCUUCCUAAACUUUACCCACUUAGGACCAAGAAAUUUUUACCUUUUAUGUAUGUAAAACAGGUAUGCAAAUAAAAUAUU